GCUAUCGAGAAGUUUCUUCUGCCUUGGUGAGGAGCGCUAGUGGGAGAACUGGAGGUGCCAAAGAGACGAAUCCUAUCGCCGAUGAGAAGUUAGCUUCCUUCAAUGUACCCGAAACGGUCUAACCAAGGUGAUGGACCUGUUUCCAGACCAGUGCGCACUAGUGAUAGGAUCAAGACAAGGCCAAACAUCUAUGGUCGACCGUACUUGUAUUACAGUUCAAAGCACACGAGGAAAAGCAAGAACAAGACAAGGACAGCUGCUUCACAAAUUGCCAAGAUGUUGCGGCCAAGGGAUCGUCUAGCACAAGAUUCAAAUGCUUCUAAUUCUGCAGCGACCAAUCUUCGACGCUCAACGAGGAAGAGAAGGAUUUCUGUUAAUCUUGAAGGUUUCACUGACAGUUCUGGAGCUGAGGAUGAAGACUUGAUGAGGCCAACAUAUCAACAACCUAGAAAGCAGAUUGACCAAAGUGUGAGUCAGGAUGAAGUGAGGUCUCGCAAGCACAAAAAAGUUGUGGAAACUAAACCAAACCCUCGGCGUGAAGGUCUGCGGCCUCGUCGUUCAAAGGUGGUUGUAAGAGAACCCUUGAAUUCAGAAUCUGAUGAUGAGCGAGAUUUUUCAGAAGAGAAGGUUGGACAGGAUGAAACAGAAAAUGGGAAUGAUUUGGAUGAAAAUGAUGCAGAUGAUGGUCAGAAUGAGAUUGAAGGAGAUGCUGAGGGUGAAGAUGAAGGUGAGGAUGAGGAUGAGGAUGAGGAUGAGGGAGAUGAAGAUGGUGAUGAUGAAGAUGGUGAAGAAGAGCAGGAUGGAAGAAGGCGCUAUGACCUUCGAAAUCGUGCAGAUGUUCGCAGGUUCUCAAUGGAAGAAGGGAAGGCCCAACCAAGGUCACCCCGAAGGGUGUUACAUCAAGGUAUGGGCACUAAGGUUGGCAGGGAUGUCAGGAAGGGCGGAUCAAGAGUUCACAAGCGUUAUCGUUUAGCAAGACCUGAAGAUUCUGAUGAUUCUAUUCUUGUGGAUGAGCUGGAUCAAGGCCCUGCUAUUCCAUGGGGUAGAGGUGGCAGCCGGUCUGGCCCACCUUGGCUUUUUGGUGGACUAGACAUGCAUGGAACAACAGCAUGGGGAUUGAAUCUUGCUGCAUCAGGUUGGGGUCAUCAAGGUGAUGCUUUGGCUACAUUGACGUCUGGGAUUCAAUCUGCUGGACCAAGCUCUAAAGGAGGCGCAGACAUUCAACCCUUACAGGUUGAUGAUAGUGUUAGUUUUGAUGACAUAGGUGGGCUCUCUGAAUAUAUUGAUGCUCUAAAGGAAAUGGUUUUCUUUCCUUUACUGUAUCCAGAUUUCUUUGCAAGUUAUCAUAUUACUCCACCUAGAGGGGUGUUGUUGUGUGGGCCCCCUGGCACAGGUAAAACAUUAAUUGCUAGAGCUUUAGCUUGUGCUGCAUCAAAAGCUGGUCAGAAGGUUAGCUUUUACAUGCGCAAGGGAGCAGAUGUACUGAGCAAAUGGGUUGGUGAGGCUGAAAGACAAUUAAAAUUACUCUUUGAGGAAGCACAAAAGAAUCAACCUUCUAUUAUUUUCUUUGAUGAAAUAGAUGGACUUGCUCCUGUGAGAUCUAGCAAGCAAGAACAGAUUCACAAUUCUAUUGUGUCCACAUUGCUUGCUUUGAUGGAUGGUCUUGACUCUCGUGGACAAGUUGUUUUAAUAGGAGCAACCAAUAGGAUUGAUGCUAUUGAUGGGGCCUUGCGUCGGCCCGGAAGAUUUGAUAGGGAAUUCAACUUUCCCUUGCCUGGUUGUGAGGCACGUGCUGAAAUAUUGGACAUUCAUACUCGUAAGUGGAAGCAUCCUCCUUCAAAGGAACUGAAGAGGGAGCUUGCAGCUAGUUGUGUAGGAUAUUGUGGUGCUGAUCUUAAGGCUCUUUGUACUGAAGCUGCCAUUCGUGCUUUUCGUGAAAAAUAUCCACAGGUUUAUAUGAGUGAUGACAAAUUCUUAAUAGAUGUUGAUUCAGUCAUGGUAGAAAAGUAUCACUUUAUUGACGCAAUGUCGACAAUAACUCCUGCUGCUCAUAGGGGUGCAAUUGUACAUGCUAGGCCUUUGUCUCUGGUUGUUCAACCAUGCCUACAAAGACAUCUACAGGAAGCCAUGAAAAUUAUAUCUGAUAUUUUUCCUCAAGUUGCUGUUGCAUCAGAAUUGUCCAAACUCUCUAUGCUUUCCUAUGGUUCUGCAAUUCCACUUGUCUAUCGGCCCAGGCUUCUACUUUGUGGUGGUGAAGGUACCGGGCUGGACCAUCUUGGGCCUGCAGUUUUGCAUGAACUGGAAAAAUUUCCUGUUCAUUCGUUAGGACUUCCAUCUCUCCUAUCGGAUCCUAGUGCUAAGACGCCAGAGGAGGCUCUAGUUCAUAUAUUUGGUGAAGCUAGAAGAACAACCCCAUCUAUUCUCUAUUUACCACAGUUCAAUGUUUGGUGGGAAACUGCACACGAACAGCUCAGGGCUGUUAUCCUGACUUUGCUAGAAGAACUGCCUUCCGACAUCCCUAUUUUAUUACUUGGAACAUCAUCAGUGCCGUAUGAAGAAGUUGAUGAAGUGCCUCCUUCAUUGUUUCCUUACCGUUCAGUCUAUAACAUGAACAUGCCAUCUGCUGAAGACAGAACAUCAUUUUUCAAUUGUUUGAUCGAUGUUGCUUUAUCAGUCUCAUUGGAGAGAACGAGCAAAAAAUCCCAAGAAAUAGAUUCCCUUCCUGAACUUCCCAAAGCACCAAAAUUAGCAGGUGGUCCGAAGGUAUCUGAGCUCAGAGCAACAGUUGAAGCUGAGCAGCAUGCCCUUCGCAGAUUGCGAAUGUGCCUUAGAGAUGUUUGCAACCGGAUAUUAUAUGACAAACGAUUUGUUGCCUUCCAUUAUCCGGUAUCAGAUGAAGAUGCACCUAACUAUCGGUCAGUAAUUCAGAACCCGAUGGACAUGGCUACCAUACUGCAGCAUGUUGAUAAUGGCCACUAUAUCACAUGUUCGGCAUUCUUACAGGACAUUGAUCUUAUUGUUUCCAAUGCUAAGGCUUAUAAUGGAGAGGACUACAAUGGUUCAAGGAUUGUCAGUAGAGCUUGUGAGCUCCGUGAUGCAGUGCAUGGAAUGCUCUCCCAGAUGGAUCCAGCGCUGGUUGCUUAUUGUGACAAGAUUGCUGCCCAAGGUGGCCCAGUUAAUUUGCCUGAUGAAUUCAGGGGUUCCACAUUCCCAUCCACUCCUGUUGUUCAGCUGGGAACCACUACUAGAAUGAGUGCUCGACUUCGUAAUGUGCAACCUGAGGUUAAUAUGGAUCAAAGCUAUGAGGCAUUGAAGCGGACAAAAAGGAGCACUGAUGGUACACAUGCAGAUGAGAAGUCUCGACAAGAUCCUCUGCCGCCAAAGACUUUACCAGAACAGCAAGCCAGUGAAGUUGCUUGUGAAGGGCCUGAACCCGCGUCAGUUGAUGAAAAUGUACAUGGAGCAAGUACAUGUGGAGAAGGGGAUGACAAUAGCCUAGAUGUCAUAAUGUCUGAUGGUGAGUUUUCAAGCCAAGUGGAGUCUUUGAAGCAGCUUUUUGUGAAGCGUAGUGAAAAUUACAGCAUUCCACAGCUUGAAAGGAUUUACACGAGAAUCAUGAAGGGCGUUUUUGAAGCCGAAGGCAAAGGAACGGAAAAUUUGAAGACUUGGGUGUUGAGGUUUUUGUUUACAUUUGUAGAAGAUGAUGUAAAUUUCUAACUUGGGUUUUUCCUCCUCUUCAGCUUAAAGAAUUAGUAAAAAGCGGGGUGAAAAGGAAAAGGGGAAAAAAAAGAAAGAAAGAAAACAAAGAACUUUACUGUAAAGGCCGGAUUUUUAUUUUUUUCUAAUUGACUUUGAGCGAAUCUUUCCUCUCACCCCGUGCGCUAACAGAGUGAUGGUGAUUUAGAUAGGAAGAACCAAAG